AUGUUUAAAAAAUCCUAUCAUAGUGCAAUAUCUCUGAUCAUUGUUGCCAUACGUUCAAUAAAAAUUGAAUCUGAACUCAAUUUAGUUAAUCAAAUGAAAUUAAUGAAUGACAAGAAGCAAUUCAACAAGGCGCUCGAAUUAUUCGAUAAGCAUAAGGACAAGAGUAUUGACCGAUCUUCCAAUAUGAUUCUUACACAGAUUUUAAAAGCAUGUGCCGGCAUAGGUGAUCUUCAACGUGGAUCAACAAUUCAUCGUCUCGUUUCAUCUCGACUUGAAAACGAUUCUUAUCUAUUAGCAUCAUUAAUUCAUCUCUACAUGCAGUGUGGUGAAGUAGCUCAAGCUCAAUCCUUAUUUGACGUAUCAACAAAAAAGACAUUAUCAAUUUAUGGAGCUAUGAUGAAAGGUUAUAUUAAAAACAAUCAAGCAGAUAACGUAGUUGAUCUGUUCAAGAGGAUUAAAAAUCCUGAUGAAAUUAUUAUUAUUCUUUUGUUUAAUGCUUGUGCUCAAUUAGGAACAGAUGAGGCAUUAAAUUUAAUAAAACAAGUCGACAAAAAACUCUUACCAAUGUAUGGAGCUAUGAUGAAAGGCUAUAUACAGAAUAGUAUGGAAAACGAAGCUAUUGAACUUUUUAAGAAAUUAAAAACUCCCGGUGAAAUUGCGUUCACUCUUUUUUUUAAUGCUUGUGCCCAAUUAGGGACAGAGGAAGCAUUAAAUUCAAUAAAGCAAGUUUCAUCGAAAAUUGUUCAAUCAUUUCAAUCGAAUUCUCGUCUUUUAACUUCUCUAUUAGAUGGAUUAGUUAAAUGUGGUGGCAUAACAUAUGCUGAAAAUUUAUUUAAUACAUUUAAAAACAAAACAGUUUCAAUGUACAAAGUUAUGAUAAAUGGAUUUCUCAAAGAAAAUAAUUGUUUGAAAGUACUCAGCUUGUUUAAUCAAAUGAAGAUGAAUAACGUUGAAAUAGAUCAUAUCAUUUGGACUUGUAUUAUUAAAUGUUUAUCAGAAAUUGGUGAUGGCGAUUUCUGUCAAUCGAUUGUUGAAAAAAUUCCUGAAUCUUGUUUUGUUGAUAGUCAAAUACAUAAUGCCUUAAUCAAUAUGUGGGGAAAGUGUGGAUGUGUCAAUCGAGCAAAAGAAAUAUUUGAAAAAAUGUCUCAACCGAAUCAAAUUGGAUAUGCAGCAAUGAUUAAUUCUUAUGGCUUAAAUGGAAUGGGCCUUCAAUCAAUUGAACUUUAUUAUCAAAUGCCCAAAGAAUUGAUUAAUGAAGCCACAUAUAUUUGUGUUUUAAACGCAUGUUCACAUUCCGGACUUGUCAACGAAGCUCUUUCAAUAUUCAAAACUAUUGAAAUCAAAACGGAACGAAUAUAUACCAGUAUAAUCGAUUGCCUCAGUCGUGCAUCAUUUUUCAAAGAAGCACAACAAUUAGUAGACGAAUUUGAACGUUCGCACAUACCUGCAUUACCGAUGCAUCUUGCAUUGUUAUCAGGCGCUCGGAAUGCAAAUAAUAGUCACAUGUCGCAACAAAUUUAUGAUCGUGUGGUGAAACUUUUUUCUCAGUCAAACCAUUCAUUAACACCAGCUACAGUUCUUCUUGCUAAUGUUUAUGGAUCAUCUGGUCAUAUUGAUAAAGCGUCAGAUAUUAAAACUCAAUUAUAUCAAUCAGAUACAAAGAAAAGAAUUGGCCUUGCAUGGACUGUCACCAAUGGACAAGUUUAUCAAUUUCGAGCUCAUGAUCGAUCUCAUCCUCGAUCGCACGAAAUCAAAGCGGAGCUUGAAAAAAUAGCCAAUGAGCUUAUUGACCAUGGUCAUGUAUUUGAUGCAAUUCUUUGCGGACAUAGUGAGAAAAUUGCAAUAGCAUGGAAUUUUGUUGUCAAUCCACAUACAUCAAAAAUUCAAGUUACGAAAAAUCUUCAUGUUUGUGGUGAUUGUCAUCGAGCAACUAAAUUAAUAGCUGCCAUUCGUCAAUGUGAAAUUAUUGUUCGUGAUGCAAAUCGUAUUCAUCAUUUCUAUACGAAUGGACAAUGCUCAUGUAAUGAUUAUUUUUGA